AUGGUGGGCUCUCUUUCCUUUCUGUGGCUUGUGGCCAUGACCACCUCCUUGGUUUCUAAAGCUCAGAUCUUGACCCCCCAAGACUACGAGGAAGAGGACUAUGAGGCCUUAACCACACCUUCUGUGGCUGUCAGAUGCGACUAUGACCGUUGCCGCCACCUGCAGGUGUCCUGCAAGGAGCUGCAGAAGGUUGGACCAGUAGCCUGUUUGUGCCCGGGGCUCACUAGGGAGGAUCAGCAGCCAGACCCUCCGCGGCUGGGAGAAGUGCAGAUCUUGGCGGAGGAAGGCUGCGCUGUUGUCCACUGGUGCGCUCCCUUCUCUCCAGUCAAUCACUAUUGGCUUCUGCUUUGGGAAGGCAACGGCGCUCCACACAAGAGUGGCCCCCUCAAUGCGACAGUUCGAAGAGCGGAGCUGAAGGGACUCAAACCUGGUGGUUCUUAUGUUCUUUGUGUGGUGGCUGCUAAUGACGCUGGUGAGAGCCAUGUUCCUGGAGCAGAUGCGGAGGGUCCUGAGAACUGGGCUAAGCCUUCUUUUGGGCCUUGUCGAAAGCUUAUCAUGCCGCCUAGACCUGUCACCCUGGUCCACGCAGCCGUGGGAGUGGGCACAGCUUUGGCUCUGUUGAGCUGUGCUGCCCUGGUUUGGCAUUUCUGCCUUCGUGAGCGGUGGGGUUGCCCCCGACGCCAAGGUACCACCCAAGAUUCAGAAGCUCUUUGA